GAAUAGUUAUUUAGUUUCAACCCAAACGGCGCUGACUGCAUUCUUCUCUUAGCGGGUGGCGAUAGGAGUAUCGGAGAGAGGGACAUACUGAGAGAGAGAGGGAAAGAAAGAGUCCGAGAAGAAGCCGAAACUUAACUGCAGACGCUCCUGCACAGACAUCUCAAUGCCUGAGCCAGGAGCUGCUCCGCGGCGGAGUCCGCAGGGAGUCCCCUACAGCGACCUGCAGCACAUCGUCAACGCCGACGGACUGCACCUGUUCUGCCGCUACUGGGAGCCCGCAAGCCCGCCAAGGGCUCUAGUGUAUAUUGCCCACGGAGCCGGGGAGCAUUGUGGGCCGUAUGAUGAGAUCGCACAGAGACUGAAGGAAUUGUCCAUGCUGGUGUUUGCACACGACCACGUUGGCCAUGGUCAGAGUGAAGGAGAGAGGAUGAACGUCAAAGACUUCCAGGUUUACAUCAGAGACUCGCUGCAGCACGUUGACCUGAUGAAGUCCCGCCACCCAGGCCUGCCCAUCUUUAUCGUGGGUCACUCCAUGGGUGGUGCUAUCUCCAUCCUCACGGCCUGUGAGAGGCCAAGUGAGUUCUCUGGAGUGGUUCUGAUUUCUCCCAUGGUCCAGAUGAACCCAGACUCAGCCACACCGUUCAAGGUUUUUAUGGCAAAGGUCCUCAACCACAUGCUGCCUAGCCUCAGCCUGGGCGCCAUUGACUCCAAAUGGGUCUCACGCGACAUAAAGCAGGUGGAGGCGUAUGAUGCCGAUGAGCUGAACUUCCACGGUGGCAUGCGAGUGUCGUUCGCCAUGCAGCUGAUGGGGGCAGCGGCACGCAUUGAGAGGGAGAUCCCGUCCAUCAGCUGGCCCUUCCUACUCCUGCACGGCGACACCGACAAGCUCUGCGACAUCAGAGGCUCCAAGUUGAUGCACGAGAACGCUGCAAGCUCGGACAAGAAAUUCAAGGUCUUCGAGGGGGGCUACCACGCCCUUCACCACGACCUCCCAGAGGUGGCUGAGUCCACGCUGAAGGAGGUGACCGGCUGGAUCACAGAUCGCCUCCCCGCUGUGACAUCACCGCAGCCUUAAGGCUUCUAGAAACACGACAACCUGCAGGCGCUCCAGGGAAACUGCCAUCCUUGUACCAAGAGGCAUAACAACACUUCUACACUCUCGUGUGGGAAACACACUCGUGCAUAUAGACUGACAUUAUUUUCUCAGUAUAAAAGGUGUACUGACGUUAUCCUCUGAGCACAAACUUAACAAAAAAGAGUAAAUCCACCUCUACUGUGUACCUAUCAAUCAACCCAAGUUAUACUGUUUUAAAUUGGAUGAUGGAGUCAGAAAUAACUUCCUGUUUUUAGAUACUUAGCAGUUGUGAGGAUGCUGGGGGUUCAAAGUGCAAUAUUCAAGUUUCCUUAGCCAGAUCCUUUUGAGAACUGAUGACCAACGUAAUGUAAGACAUGAAUCGGCGCAGGCACAUUUACUUUUUACUCAUCGACCCUAAGCAUGCAAACUUUGCAGUUUGUGUAAGAGCAGUGGAUAUAAAGCAGAUUUUCAGUGAGACAGUUCAGAAAGCAUCUGUUAGAUCUCUUAAAAACUCCUUGCCUCCCGCGUGAGCACGCGGUUUUACAAAUGACCUAAAACACCACUUAUGACACUUUUAUAGUCACUCAAAUACUGUAUUUUAAGUACAUGUGACUGUGUAUACAUAACAGAUCCUCUCUUCUCCUCACUUCCUCCGCAUGUCCCUUUUUCUUCGGCCCGGAAACAGAUGCUUGGCUCUCAUACUUUACAUAUGUUGUAAUCCAUUUUAUGUGAAUCCUGAAGCCUGAGGUGUAGUUUUAACUUCAGUAAUAAUCAUUCAGCAUGUUGUUUUACAUAAGUUAUUAUAAAUAACCAUUGAAGCUGCUACAUCCCUCUCUGCAGGUGGGAAUUACAGAAAGAGAGAAAGGUUCAAAAGGUCCCCCCUCUAUGUGACCUUUGACAUUUCCCAGUUGGUUACAUUGUUAAAGUCAUUCUCUGGAGCUGUAACUUCAUUAAGCUCAGACUGGAUGGAAAAUGAAAGGGAGCCCUCUCUCUGUUACUGUGAACAAAGCAGGAGAUCUCCUCUCAUCACACAGCAUCUGGCAUUUGAAGGACACUUUAUCCAGAUCAAAUAAUGUGGAUGUGUCUGUUUCUUGCAUGGGUGGCCACAGUGGGAUCCCAACCCCUCAGAACAAUGCCGUAGUUAUAAUUUUGGGGGAAACAGGAUGUUGUCCAGAAUUAAUUCCAGAGGGACAGAAAGGGAUGUUACUGAGAUUUUAACUUCUGGCUUUAAAAACACUUUUGAAGAUUGAACCUAAACACCACAACAAUCUAAUGUAAUACAUUGAACUUAAAACACGUUUUAGCAGCUUUGUGAAAUUGAACCAUCUGCAAGAAAAUCCGGCACAUGAUGGUUUCUUAUAGAUUGAUUUUAGUAUUUGAAGACAAUGCUCCAUCAGGAGAUUAUUACUGACAGUGUAAAGGAGCUUUUAGUAAAGACUAAACUGUAAUUGGUCGGAUUUUAGAAAGGAAAUAAUCAAACAGAUAGACUUUAUGCUAGCUAACUAGCCAUGGGAAUAGUGUGGCUUGGGCUUUAAAUAACCCUAUCUACAAUAAGAAUAGUUGCAGCAGUGGUCAAGCUAACAUCUCACUCAUUUUAUGUAUCCAAUGUUUGAUUCAGUCAAUUUUCAAAAUCAGCAGUGUGGAGUACUCAAAAGCCAUAGCAAUAAUGUCACAGUAGCCUUUAUUCUUGGUAGCCAUUAAUUAUAAGCUAGACAGAAACACACUGAGCUCAUUGUUUGAUAUUUCAGGUAGGCUGUAAUUAGCAGGUAUUGCUAAGCGUGCUGGGAUUCUUCCACCUAUUCAUUAAGCAUGAGGAGGAGUCGAGAGGCAUUUUCAUCAUCAAACAAGGGAAUGGAACAAGCAUUCUGUGGCAGUUAUAUCAGUGUCUGACUUCAGACAUCAUGGCAUGUCUGUAGAGAACGCAUCUCAUGCCCCCUCUGGCUCUUUAGGAGAUUUCUCUUCUCUAUCACACAGAGUUCAAAGGGCCUCAUGUAGAGGGAAGCACAGUGCGGUAUCCACGGUGACCGUUACUCAUGUGUAACCACGGCAGCAGGUCCGCGGCAAUGCAGAAUUUUUGUAUUCCAUUUUACAUGUAUAGUAACCAUGGUGAUCCUUACAAAACCUAUAGAAUGAAAUGAAUUUCUGGUUUCAGGCCAUCUCUUUUUUUCCUCUCGCAACUCUCAUUUUCCUCACCCUGUCUCCUCUGCCUCACCCCAUCGAAGCCUGACUCUCCACCUUUUUUGUUGCUGUGGUGACCAGCGCUCUUUGUUCUGUCCAUCACAGAGCCCCUUGUUCUGCUGUUAAUUCAAACAUCCCGUACUGUAAGCCACCCACACUGCCCCCAGUGCUCAAUUAUCAGAACAGCAACAGCUUGUUAUUUUUUUUCAGGCUCUUUUGGCCAGCGAACUGUUUAAAGAGGACACAUUAUUUAAGUCAGCUAACCCUAAGCUACUAAAUAACUUCAGGGAUGCAAACACUUGAUAUUAAUGAGUCUGUGUGCACUAAUGUGAUCCAGAAAUGCUUGCCCGCUGGCAUGCCCUGCAGACAGCUCUGAGGUGUUUUGCUAUUUUUAUCCUUUUUGUCUUUGAUGUAGUGAUGAAACUAUUGAGAUGCAUUGGGAAAUUAGACAUACAGUAUAUAGACUGCUUUUCUCUCUAUCCAUUUUAGGGAGUUCAGGGUGUAAAUGCAUCCUCUUGUCUGCUUUCUCAGGCCUCAGACGAAGAUAUCAGGUUACAUUGCCAGGGGUGCAGACACAGAUUGAGAUGUAAUGUAUUCACCGGUCCCAGUGGGAGUCGGACCCUUAACCCCAACGUCUGUCACAAGCACUUCAAACACAAUCUGCUCCUGAUUGGGCUGCAGCAGGCACAUCAUACACACAAAGGCUGCACAGUCCCAGUUGUAUUCAAACUGGUAAUAGCACCCCUGCUGCACAAUGGAUUCAGACUCGCAGGAUGCUGUGUAACAAAACAUUUAAAAAAAGAGAUCUCUACCUGUCAGACUACAAGAGUGCAUAUUACUGCUAUCGUUAGCUAUGGGGACGAAGACAGAUGGAGAUGGAGUGAGAGUAGAGUAGCUGACUGUAACCAUGGCAGCACAGUUUUUGUUUGGAUUUGUCCGCCAGUGAAAGAUGUGUAUUUGUUAGCGGUGCAGGAUGAAAAGCUCUUUCAGAGCUGGUUGUUCAGUUCGCUGCUGUGAGGAUUCCCUUUUGUGUGAGCGCGGAGAUAAGAGAGCAAAACAAUUAGCGUCAUAGGCCGCAGUGAAUAAUAAGACACUCACUGAAUUUAAAUCAGGCUGCUCUGCUGUGAUGAACAACACAAUAUUUCCAUUUUAGAAUGAUUAAUUAGAUUUUUAGGGCUAAAUAGUUUUCUUAGGGAGUUUCAAUGCCCCAUCUCUUCCUUGUUUUGGUUUGAAAAUGAGAUUGUCAUACUAAGAGAUAGCCAUGUACAGAUGCAUUGCUCUGUUAAUAUGUAAUAAUUCACUUGACUGUUAAUACCUCUUUUAUUUUACAGAAGUUCUAUGUUAAGUGAGGGAGAGAAAAUAACAAAGGAAAGCAGCUUUGUGAAUGGUGGCUAUGUUUUGGGGUUUUUUCCAUGACUUUAUGACUGUUUCUAAGAAAAGAGCUUGUUAUAUAUAAUGGAGGACUGAUGGGCACAGGCCAGUCUUUCUGUAAUUUUAUGAGAUUAGAGUGCGCUGGAAAGAUUCAAUGCACUUUGCAUGAAUUAUAUCUAGUGGCAGUGCUCAAACAGACAGCAAGAAUUGAAGCGGAUUUCUCCAAAAUGCUUUGAAUGCAUGAAGAAAAAGAUUAUCUACUUUGAAUUGAUCAUGUAAAACUUAAAAUUUCCUCCCUUGAACAUGUAAGUUUAAUCUAUAAAAGUGUGUCAUUGGAUAAUACCAUUUUUAAUGUUUGACAUUGCAUUUUGGAGCCAAAACAUUCAAAUCUUGUUGCUUUUAAUAACCAUGUUUAUGUACAGUGGUGAGACUGCUUGAUUACUUAACCUAAUUGUAAAACACUGUAUAAAAGCAUAGCAGUGCUAACAACCCUUGAUGGAAAUACAACAAUCAAGAAUGCGAUGUAUUUGACAGAUCUUGUAUUUAUCUUGUCUAGAGUAUUUAUAGGUAUUCCUUUUAUGUAAAGGCUACUAUAUAUUGAUAACACAUCAUGACACGGCACUUUUUAUACCAUAAACCAUAGUCAUAUUAUGUCAUUUUUACUUUUUAUGCUACAUGAAAGUCCACAAUAAUUUUAGAGAUGUAAACUGGUUCAAGGUUGUAAGUAUGUACAGUCAGCAAUCGCAAAAAUGUUUGACAAUUGUUUCUGAUAUGAUUAUGCAUAGAGAGUAUUUUAAUACUGUGGGUUUAAGUCAGCGUUUUGUUAGGUCUUUGUGCAGUUUGUCAGAGAUCUAUAAAUGUGUAAAACAUCAGAAAUUACAAAAAAAAAGUUUUAUAACAGAAUCUUAACAACAGGGUGUUAUUGCUACAGGUUUGGGAAAAUCUUGUACUUCUUUCCAAUUUUCUUUUCAGGAACUUUCAAAUUAAUCUUGAGGUAUAUCCAUUUACAAAAUGAGCUAUACCUGCUUUCAUUAAACCUUCUGUACAUCUUAAAUCCGAGACAAUUUGGUAAAAUUAUCUUAGCUGCUGGUAUCAGGUUUUGACUUACAGCAUUCCACCCAAAUAAAAGAUUUUUAUGGAA